AUGUCAGGAAAUGAUGAGCGAAUGCAGCGAAUUCAUCUGGGAAACGAUGAAUUCGGUGGUUUGAUCGGAGGCCUUGCAGGAAACUUCAUCGAGAAUCAAGUUGGUGGUGGUUUUGGACAAAUUCUUGGUGGACUCUUGCGAGGAGGCAGAAGCGGUGUAGAUUCUGGUGGACUGGAUGUAGGGAAUUUGAUUGGUCAGUUUGUUGGUGGUGGCGCUCGAGAAGGUAGUGGCGCUCGAGAAGGUAGUGGCGGAGGAGACAAUGUACCGCUGGACUUUUUGCGUGGUGGUGUUAUUGAGAUGCUAUCAGAUAUGAUUGGUAAAGCAGCACAUCAUUUCCUGGGUGUUGACCCGCAGACGGGUCGUAUUAUUGGUGCAGUUGCCGGUAAUGUGCUGUUUCAGCUAGGUGGAAAAGAUAACAAAUUAUCGGAUAUAGGCAAAAUUGUUUUGGACAACAUCAUUUCCGGAAAAUUCCACCGCAAGGUUGAUCCUUAUAUUCCACGGGAACCACGUUUGAUACCACGUCCACCAUCACCAAGUCGAAGAAGCGAAGCACUCGACUUUUAUAAAGAACGUGAUCGAUGUUUGCAAUCUAAUACUCUGUUCGAAGACCCAGAAUUUCCAGCCGAUGAUUCCAGUUUGUUUUAUAGUAGACGACCUCCGAAAUACAUUGAAUGGCUUCGUCCAGGAGAAAUCGUCCGCGAACCAAUGUUAAUUUCGGAGGGACAAACUCGCUUCGAUGUGAUUCAAGGCGAACUGGGAGAUUGCUGGUUGAUGGCUGGUGCUGCAAGUUUGACCCUACGUGAUGAGCUAUUUUAUCGUGUGGUCCCACCGGACCAGAGUUUCACCGAAAACUAUGCUGGAAUAUUUCAUUUUCAAUUCUGGCAUUAUGGUAAUUGGGUGGAUGUAGUUAUUGAUGACAGAUUACCAACAUCAGGUGGAAAGCUUUUGUAUAUGCAUUCCCGUGAACAUAAUGAAUUUUGGAGUGCUUUGAUCGAGAAAGCUUACGCCAAGUUAUACGGUAAUUAUGAAACUUUAAAAGGUGGUACAACAUCGGAAGCAUUGGAAGAUAUGACUGGUGGUUUGACAGAGUUUAUUGAUUUAAAAGAAUCACCACCAAAUUUAUUACAAAUGAUGUUUCGAGGCUUUGAAAUGGGUUCUUUGUUUGGAUGUAGUAUUGAGGCUUCACCAAUGGAAUUUGAGGCACGUACACAGCAAGGAUUAGUUAAAGGUCAUGCCUACAGCAUUACAGGAAUGAGACUGAUUGAAACAUCACAAGGUAAAAUUCCUCUAUUACGAAUUCGUAAUCCAUGGGGUAAUGAACAGGAAUGGAAUGGUGAUUGGUCAGAUGACAGUGAAUUAUGGGAUUAUGUUUCCAGUCAGCAGAAGAAAGAUAUGAAUCUUGUCUUGGCGCAUGAUGGCGAAUUUUGGAUGUCAUUUGAUGACUUUAUGCGAUAUUUCAACAAAAUGGAAAUCUGCAAUUUGGGACCAGAUGUUAUGGAUGAAGUACGAGAGAUGACUGGUGUGUCAAUGGAAGAUGCAGGUUACGGACGCUGGAAUACUCGUUGCCAUCUUGGCGCAUGGAUAGGUGAUACUGCUGGUGGUUGCCGAAACUACUUAGAUGCUUCGCAAAAGGAUGAAGAAAGGCUAUCGGAUAACUAUAUUCAACUUCUUACAGUAAGGAUGGAGCAGCGUGAUAAGAAGCGAUUGUGCAGAAGAGGAUGUAUUUUGUCAGCGGAUGGCCUUUGUACAAUAAUCAUUGCCGUGCUGCAAAAGAAUCGCCGUGAAAUGAAACCUCAAGGAUUAGAGAAUCUUGCUAUUGGCUUUUCUGUCUAUAAGGUCAAUGAAAUUUACGGCCACUUGGAUCGGAGUUUUUUUGCAUCACAUAAAUCAUGUGCAAGAAGUUCUGCAUUUAUCAAUCUUCGUGAGGUAACUGGCCGUUUCCGUCUUCAACCCGGCAAUUACAUCAUUGUUCCAUCAACUUUUGAGCCUGGUGAGGAAGGUGAAUAUAUGCUCCGUAUGUACACCAAUGUAACCAUCUCUUCCGAGUAA